CUACACUACAUCCAACCACGACAAUGCAGGUCAAGCAGCAGCCAGCCAUCGCACCAUCAUCAGACCCAGCCAAAGACACACACAGCAAAGGCUUCCUCGACUUCCUCAACGACGCACCCACAGUCUUCCACGCAGUCGCACACUACACCACCAAACUCAACAACGCAGGCUACACACACCUCGCAGAACGCGAUGACUGGCAAGCCAUCAUCAAACCAGGUGGUAAAUACUACCUCACGCGUAACGGUUCUUCCCUCGUUGCAUUUGCGGUCGGGCGCAAGUAUAGCCCUGGUAAGGGUGUUGCCUUGAUUGGUAGCCAUAUCGAUGCCCUCACCAUGCGCGUCAAGCCAGUCUCCAAGAAAUCAAGUUUGGGAUACUUGCAGCUGGGCGUCUCACCUUAUGCAGGUGGUGGCAAUAUGACUUGGUGGGAUCGUGACUUGGGACUCGCAGGCCGUGUCCUCGUCACUGAUAAGGCCACCGGCGCCAUCAAGCAGCACCUCGUCCGAUUACCGUACCCAGUCGCAAAGAUCCCAACACUCGCUCCUCAUUUCGGUGCUCCCAGUCAACCUCCCUUCAACCCAGAAACCAACAUGACCCCCAUCAUCGGCUUGGAGGAACAAUCUGCCCUCCAGUCGCUUGAAGCACAAUUCAAUGCGCUUUCUAGCAAUGCGCCCAUUAACAAUCCAACAAGCAAUCAUGCACCAAGGCUCCUUGCUGCUGUUGCAAAACAACUAAACAUUCAAGUCACGCAAAUCGCAGACCUCGAAUUGGAACUCUUUGAUUUCCAGCCAGCACAACCGUUUGGUCUCGAUGCGGAACUCUUGAGUGUUCCUCGCUGUGAUGAUAAAUUAUGCUCUUACGCUGCUGCGGAAGCCUUGUUGAAUGCAACGCAAGAUGCACGAUUCUUGGCAGAAUCAGGAUGUAUUUCCAUGGUCUACCUUGCCGACGACGAAGAAAUUGGGUCUGGCCUACGACAGGGUGCAGCAGGCAAUACGAUCCCCAUCACCGUUGAACGCAUUGUGGAUGUCCUCAACACAGACAAGCGACCGUUGCAGAAUCUCGUUGCAAUGACCUUUGCUCGCAGUUUCUUCAUUUCAGCAGACGACAUCCACGCCGUCAAUCCAAACUUUGCUGGCGCCUAUGAACUCAACAUGGCACCCCGUCUCAAUGUUGGGCCCGUCAUUAGUUGCGACCCAAAUGGACACAUGACAACAGAUGCACCCUCCAAGGCCAUUGCACAGCAAAUCGCCCUCAAAACAGGCGUGCCCCUACAACUCUUCCAGAUUCGAAAUGAUUCGCGGUCCGGUGGAACCAUUGGCCCCAUGCUCUCAAAGCAAACAGGAAUGCGUGCAAUUGAUAUUGGUAUUCCACAGCUUGCCAUGCACUCGAUUCGAGCGACGACGGGUAGUAAGGAUCCGGGAUUGGGAGUCAAGUACUUUGAGGGAUUUUUCAGGCAUUUCGAGCAUGUCGAGGGGACUGUCACUGUGGAUUAGAGCUAGGGUAUUCUUAGGGGUUUGAGUUCUAGCCCUUGACUAGAAGUAUUUGCUUGGCAUGUCUCCCGCU